CCUCCCCCGCGCCGUCCCCUCCCCCUGCCCAAAAGACACAGAUCGCCUCCCGGAGUGGCGCCUCCAGUCGCGGCGGAGCGCGGCGUUGGCGGCGGAUGGAGGGCGCGAUCGGGCGGCCAAAGCGGCUGCACCCAGCGGGGCGCUGAUGCGGCGCCUGGACCUUCGCUGCGCGACUUCGGGGGCGUCGGCCGAGUUGGCACUCCGCGAUGCAGCUCCUGAAGGCGCUCUGGGCACUCGCAGGGGCCGCGCUCUGCUGCUUCCUUGUCCUGGUGAUCCACGCGCAGUUCCUCAAAGAAGGUCAGCUGGCCGCUGGAACUUGUGAGAUUGUGACCCUAGACCGGGACAGCAGCCAGCCACGGAGGACGAUCGCCCGGCAGACAGCACGCUGUGCAUGCAGAAAGGGGCAGAUAGCAGGCACCACUCGAGCCCGGCCUGCCUGUGUGGACGCUCGAAUUAUCAAGACAAAGCAGUGGUGUGACAUGCUUCCUUGCCUGGAGGGGGAAGGCUGUGACUUGUUAAUCAACCGGUCAGGCUGGACUUGUACACAGCCUGGAGGGCGGAUAAAGACCACCACGGUCUCCUGACAAUCGCAGCCCCUGCGGUGCCCCCUGGGAGUGGCUGUGGCUCCCUGGAGAUUCUACACCUCAGCCACUGUCCUCCAUCCUAUGUGGACACCGCCCAUUCUCCCUCAUCUACCCACUGUUUCCCAGAGGCCUAACAAAGACAGCCCAGUUCCUCGGAGCUCUGAGCUCAAGUCUGUUCAGCUGAACCCAGGAGGCCAGGACUCAAACACACAUGUCAAGGGUGGUGCCCGGAAUCAGCAAACCCUGGUGUGUGGAGCCUGGCUGCAUUCAUCCUUACUAGCUGCUUGCUCCCUGGAGUUGGAGGACCAGAACAAGGAGACUACGGCCUUGGCCAGCUGAGCCACAACUCAAGGUCCGGGGACUGUCAGGUGCAGAAGCCACCACCUCCUCUGUCCCAGACUGUCUGAAUCGCUUUUAUUUUCUUAUACUUUCAGUAUACUCAAUAGACCAAAGAGCAAAUCUAUUUUAACGUGGACACAUCCCUGCUGCCAAGAGUUCCCUGGGUUUGAUUGUGGGGCGGGGGAGGGCACAGUGGCAGACAUGCUGGUGGCCCAGGCAGCAUGGAGAGGGCAUCCGAGGCCAAGACCCCCGCCCCACGAACACUGCAGCGUGCCCUAGGAGGAUGGCUUUGCCCAGAAGGACACCACCAUGGUGCACCUGCAGGACCCAGCAGGGGCGUGGCCGGCGACGGCCCCCAGCGGACAGCAAGGGCCCCGGACACAGACCCUUUGCCCCUGUGCUUAGACCAACUCUAUCGUACUAAAAUCACUUUCUGUUUUAACCAGUUAGACAUGCCUCUUCCACAGCUCCAUUUUUGAUAGUUGGAUAAUCCACCAUUUGCCAAGAGCAUGCUGGGUCUCCUGUGACUGCUAUCUCAUCUGAUACACCAUUUAGCUCCAGAAAGCAAAUUAAAGAAAACUGAAGUAACCCUGUUUGAAAGAGAUCAUUAAAUGUAUUUUGCAAAAGCCUAAAGUUAUAUAUUUAACAGUUUUUAUAUGUUGUAUAUUUGUAGAAAAUCCUAUUUAACAUUUGACGGCAGGUCUGACCAUCCUGAGAGCUGUGGCCAGGCCCCCCCUGUGAUCCUGGAGACUCUGGGGUGGCCAUGGAGGACCUCAGAGCAGGCCUGGAUGGGCAGAGCUGUGGGUGAGGUGCAGAGGACCCUGCCUAUUCUAGGAUGCUCUGUCUCUCUUUGCUUUGGUUUGGUCUGAUAACUCACGUCUCCCUGUGAGUGUGUGUUGGUAAACAUUGCGUAUACAAUAUUUUGGUCAUGGAUUUUGGUUCCUCUCUCUCUUAACCCCUCUUGCCAUCCAUAGAUCUUGAGUCCAUGUACGGCCAACUUGCCCUUCCCAGAUGAAUGGCCCCCUUCGUUCUCAAAGGUCCUUGUUCUCCACAUUGGGAGGCAGAGACAGCAGGGAUGGAGGGGGUAGAGGAGCUGGGGAGCCCAGUCACUGUCCUUGAUUGCCCUACACUUUGGGGCCAGAGGCCAUCAGUUAAGGGACAGACACAGUCCCCACUCAUUUUCCUGAGUUCUGCUAAAAAUAUACUACCUACAUAUCCAAUUAACAUGACUAUCAUGCUAGUAAUAUACUACUAAAGAAAAAAGUUUUUAAAAAUGUAUUUAACUCCAGUAUAUAGAUGCCGUUCCAGCAACCAUAGGCUAAAGAUAUGGAAGAAAGUCCAUUCCUGUGAGACCCAUUCCAGUAUCCAUGUGUCCUCCCUUCAUUCAUGCAGAGGGAUGAGUAUCCUGGGCAGGGAGAUGAAGCUGACACGAGGGGUUCUCGUCAGAGGAGGUGGUCAGGCAAGGCUAUUGUCCCUGCAGUGUCAGGCUCCAGCAGCCUGUGUUGCAGGGGGUGAGCAGGACAGGAAGUCUCAUUUCACCACUGAACCUCAACAUCUGCACCACCUCCCCUUGUCUGUUUCUUUUUAAAGCUAGCAUAGAGACCUCUGAGGGCAGAGAUCGGGAGAUUUAAGAUGUUACAGCAUAUUUCCCCCUUGUUUUACAGUAUCCAAUUUUGUGUUGAUUCAGCUAAAUUAUGAAAAUAAAGAAAAAAAGUCCUUUGAUAA